AUGGGUUUGAGUUCUAAGCAGGUUUCUAAUAGAGAGCUUGUUUGGGACCAGACCUUUUUGCAGGCUCAAAACUUGGAGUUCCCUAAGCCUCCUCCUAUGAGGAAGCAACAGCAACAAACUCAGUCACCGGAGCCUUUGAAGUGUCCAAGAUGUGACUCCAUUAACACCAAAUUCUGUUACUACAACAACUACAACAAGUCGCAACCUCGCCAUUUCUGCAGAGCUUGCAAGAGGCACUGGACUAAAGGUGGAACGCUGCGCAACGUUCCUGUUGGUGGUGGUAGGAAGAAUAAGCGAGUCAAGAAAUCAACCUCUCCAACCACAGCCACAGCUACAACCACCACCUCAAAUGCCAAUAUGGAUGGUGAGUUGAGUAACCAUAUCACAAUUCCUCCCCUUGCAGUUGAUGAUCACAAUACCAGACCUUCCUCUCUUUGCCAUUCUUUGUGCCUGCCACAACAGAAUCUGAUAAGUAACAAAGUUUCAGAAGGCAAAGACUUUGGUAUUAACAACGGCAUCUUUCUGAGUUCAACUGUGCCUUUUCCUAAAAACCAAAGCCUUCUCUUCCCCUUCACAACCUCAAACUCUUUUGACACUAACACAUGUGCAAUAUCUAACUCUUUGCAAUCCUCCAGUACGUAUAACUACGGUGAAGAGUUUAAAAUAAUGGAGGAGCCAACCGUCAACAGUAUAAUGCCCAGCACCAGUGGUGGCACCAGCACACAACCAUGGGAGAUAGCAGCAACAAGUUCUGGUUUGGAAAUGUCAAACUAUUGGAGUUGGGAGGACAUUGAUACGUUGGUCUCAACUGAUCCAAAUAAUCCUUGGGAUGACUCUGAUAUCAAACCCUGA